UUGCACUCAUUUACUCUGGUCCUUUACUUUCUUUCCGUAAUGUGCACAGGAAAAUCCGUUGUAAACGGUAUUGAGGUAGACAUUGUUUCAUUAAUCACCCUCAGUGGAAAAACACCCUCGUCGGCUUUUUCGCUUGCCGCCAUGGAUAUGGCUGUGGAAGACGUGCAAAAGCUUCAUGGGUCCGUGGCCAACUUUACUCACGUUCGUCUGACAGGACCGGAAAUGGAUACAUGUGAAACCAUUGCCGACUGGAGUGACUUCUACUUGGCGCGAUGGUACUACGGCACGCACCGGCAAAAUCGCCAGCAGGCCUUUCCAGUAUUUAUUUGGCCAGCGUGUUUGGAAAGUACAAGGACGCGACUCUUGGCUGCUGCGUGGAACAUACUGUUUAUAACUAGUGCAGGAAGUGAUGCGGCCAUUCGUGACCGUGCAAAAGGUCCCACAUGGAUUAGCAUGUCUAUGGGCUCCGUUCCGGGUUACGUGGGCCUGUACAUCAAUUUGUUGCGCACGUACCGCUGGAGUUCUGUGUUUGUCAUUAUCGACGAGGCUUCUCUCGGCUUUUACAUGGAAACCAGCGCGGCCUUCCUCCGGGCAACGGAAGAAUUCGCAAAAAAUAUUACUCUAACAGUGCGACGGCUUUCGUCCGCUAAAUCUGCAGACUUCGAAAUGGUUUUGCAAGAUUUCAAAAAGCUCUCCAGAGUAUUGGUCUUUUUUGGACACGCACCGGUUCUUCGAAAUAUCAUGAUAAAAGCGGCACUCGCCAAUAUGACCAACGGGGAAUUUGUGUACAUGGCUUCCCAAUUAAUGCCCAACCGUGUUACCGGAAAUUUUACCUGGAACUACGGAGACGCACAUGAUCAGAUAGCAAGAGAAGCCUUCCGAUCGGUGCUGCUGUUAGACCAAUUCCGCGAUGCUAGCAGCAAGAGACUAUCCAUCCUACAACUAGCAACAGAAUUUCAACGACGAGAAGCAGCUGACUACAAUCUGACGAUUUCAACUAACGAUGCUAUGGUUGGGAUGCCCUCGUACAUUGCCAUUACCCUUUAUGGACAGAUUGUCGCAGAAAUGGUGACCUCCAAUCAAACGGACGAGCUCAGAGACGGGGACCAAAUGGCCAAGCGUUUUUUCAAUAAAACGUUCGACACCACAGCGGGCCGUAUCUACAUUGACCGCUACGGCCAACGUUUAAUGGAUCUAGUCGUGAUUAGAUACGACGGAAGUGAUGGAUCACCCAGGCCAAUUUUCUACCAACAAGCACAAACGUUUAUUCUGCAACAAACGGCCAACUGGACAUGGAACGGCAGCCUCAACUAUUUCCCGCCCAACAAGCCGCCAUGCGGCUUCUCGGGAAAUGACUGCUUUGAGUCGGACGGCCUUGCCAAGACUUAUACGAUCGUCAUCGUUAUCAUGGCGCUUAUUUUCCUCUGCAUCAUAACUGCUGUGUUGAUAUUUUUCAAAUUUCGUUCCUACUGGGUCAUUCAAGUAUUCGACAACUGGUGGACGUUAAACCCUGAUUUAUUCUCCCUGAACUCCAGCAUUUUCUUGACGGAUAUGCUGCGCAAGGAAAUGGGCAACACUAUUGGAGUAACAUACGCAAUGCUGCAAGCAAAACUACUUGCAAUGUUAUUGACACGAUCUAAAUCUGUAGAAAAGAAUGCCUCGAACGCCACAUAUAACAAACAACCAGUAUGGAUAGCGACUGCUGUGGUCAUCAACCUGCACCACGAAGUAGGCACAAAUAAGCCUUCUGCAGACUUUCGUGCCUUCAUUAAGCAGAUACGUGCUGCAAACUCGCACACAAACAUCAACCGGUUAAUCGGUAUCCUUACUCUGAACGACAGAAGCUUUGUUCUGAGUGAAAAAGCUGGACGAGGAUCGUUGCAUGACCUCUUCGAUAGAAAUUUCCAGCUGGAUCAGGAUCUUAAGCAGUCGUUCAUGAAUGACCUUUGCGAGGGGAUGAAUUUUAUACAUUCUACUUUGGCCACAUUUCAUGGACACUUAACGGGAUCCAAGUGUCUGAUCGACAAGCACUUUGUUCUAAAGAUUGGCGAAUUUGGCUGCGAUGCGUUAAAGUCCUUGUUAGAAAAGGGCAAAAUUGUCACCACAGAAUUUUUGGAAAAAGAUUUUCCCUGGAGAGCACCGGAAAUAUUGAAGCAUCUUUCCAUGCCCAAUCGUGCAACCGAUGUGUACGCAGUUGGCGUGAUUUUAGUAGAGAUACUCACGUCCGAGUAUCCUUACUUCGAUGAAGAGUGCGACAGCAAACAAUUGCUGGAAAAAAUUUCUGCGGGUGAAGUCACUCCGUUGACAGCGCCCAAAGAAGGCUUAAUAAUUCGUCGCCACUUGUUAGCUUGUAUCGAAUCAACGUUUGACCUGGACCCGAACAAACGACCGACCAUGCUCAAGCUGCAGCGAACACUCACGGGACGAGAAGAGUUUGGACGCAUUAUUAAACGCUCUGAUCGCCUUCUUGAUAAAAUAAUGGCGCGCCUUGAUCGCUAUGCCGCGGACCUGGAAGAAAGGGUCAUCAAGCAAACCAACGAGCUGAUUAAAGAGAAAGCGCAAUGUGAUGUCAUACUUCGACAAAUACUACCAGGAAAUAUUGUGGAUAAAUUGCGGCGGAGUGAGCAUGUGGAUGCCGAAAUCUUUGAAUCGGUGACCGUGAUGUUUUUCGAUCUCCCCGGCUUUGAAGAACUAAUCCAAACGAAACAUCCACGUGAUUUGACCGUUUUGUUGGAUGUUGUGGAAAGUCUGUUGGACAUUAGCAUUCUGGAUGUGGAUGCCUUUAAAGUAGAAUCCGUAUCUAACACAUUUAUGGUCGUAAGUGGUGCACCGGUGCGAAACGGCACUCAGCACGUUGCGGAAAUCUGUAAGCUGGCGGUGUCCUUACGGAAAAAACUACGAAAGGCGUUGGACGAUAAAGGUUUGCAGUUUAGAACUGGUUUACAUUCUGGAUCCAUUGCGGCGGGAGUUGUAGGUCAUCGGAAACCAAGAUACUGUUUAUUUGGUGACACGGUAAACACCGCCUCGCGGAUGAUGAGCCACGGACUGCCGGGACACAUCCAAAUGAGCUGCAUUUCGGCGGACGUGCUUCGGAAAAAUUAUCCCGAUUUUCGGUUACUAUCCAGGGGAAUCGUCCAAGUGAAGAAUAAAGCUCCUAUGGAAACGUUCUGGUUGAUGUAAUCCAGAAUCCAGAUG